GUCAUUAACUGUCUCUGUCCGGAGGGACGAGCUCUGGAUUGGUUUCGUUGGAUUUCACAUCUGCAGACACACAACAUAUUUUUUCCCUUCAGCGUUUUACCACCCUGCACUUUCAGGAAAACUUCAUUGUGUCAGUGGUGAGAAGAAAGAAGAUAAGUGUGUGUUUUCUUUGACGUGAAUGAAAAGUGUGUUUACUGUCAGGGAAAGUGGCAGCUUGACGACCUGUGUGUGUGUGUGUGUGCAAGUGUGCGUGCAUAUGCGUGUUUGUGUGCAUGUGUGUGUGUGUUGAGCCACUACAGCAGCAUGUUGCCACCUGUGAAGAAGGACCGAAUUAUUACUCGCCUCCCAAAGUGUUUUAGUCCCAAUGCGGCGCUGCACACCAAAGAUGGCUUCCACCCGCAGGUCCAGGCUGUUUGUCAGGUACAGAAGUCCCGCACGGUGAGCUUCAAUAUUGCCAAGGUCAUCGUGGUGGGAGACGUCUCAGUUGGAAAAACGUGUCUGAUCAGCAGUUUCUGUAAGAGGGAUUUUGAUAAGAACUACAAAGCGACCAUCGGCGUGGAUUUUGAGAUGGAGCGUUUCGAGGUGCUCGGUGUUCCCUUCAGUUUACAGCUGUGGGACACAGCGGGUCAGGAACGCUUCAAGUGCAUCGCGUCCACCUACUACAGAGGAGCACAAGCCAUUAUCGUGGUGUUUGACCUCAGCAGUGUGAGCUCAUUAGAACAUGCCAGGCAGUGGCUUGAGGACGCCAUGAAGGACAACGACCCGUCCAGUGUUUUACUUUUCCUCGUCGGUACUAAGAAGGACCUCAGUACUCCCGAUCAGUUGGCUCAGGUGGAGCAGGAAGCCAUCAGACUCUCGGAGGAAAUCAAGGCCGAGUACUGGGCCGUGUCGUCAAAGUCAGGAGAUGGCAUCAGGGAUUUCUUCUUCCGCGUGGCCUCUCUGACCUUCGAGGCCAACGUUUUGACCGAACUCGAGAAAAUGGGGUCGAGGAACGAGGGUGACAUCAUCAGACUCACAGACAGCACAGAGGCCAAUCACACACCAGCCAGGAGGAAAUCCAACUGCUGCUGAUGAGCCAACAACUGGACCAGUGACGUGAGCUCAGACAUCAUGGAUAGACCCCAAAAAACAGCCCAGUCCUCCCAACUAAAUGAUGUUUGAUUGGAGCCGGUGACCUGAGAGGGAGUUAGCCACCAUAAAAGUUGUAGGUUUGACAUAUUGAAUUGUUGCGUAGUAAACAACAGUCAGCUGAAUGACCAGAACAGAGUCCACUGUGUCCUCUCAGGAAUGUUUGUACUGCUGGCCAGAACUACAACAAAUAAAGCUUUGUCAUCA